CCUAAGUCUAGCACAGAUAUCCAGUCAGCAAAAGUUGAUGAUGAACUAACAGCUUUACUUUAGCCUUUGCUUCUCAUCUUGGCUGACCUAUUUUGCCUUUAGCAAAUAUCCUUCUUAGGCUUUUCAAGUGAACCUAUGGGGCAUAACCCUGCUCUGGAAGAAAAGAACAUAUCCAGUUCUAACUUCAGAUUGCAAGUAAUCGCAUUCAUAUCUCUCAACCGAACUUUCUCUGCAAUUACACCACUUUUCUCUCUUCCUUUCAACUCUCAUAUGGACAUUAUUUAAAAAUCAGAUGGCAAUCUGUUCCUCAUUAUUCGGGAAAAUGUGCGAAAGCGAAAACAAGCAUUUCUAUUUGUGUGUCUUAGAAAUUUUUGCCCUUUUGGGUCUUCUGGCCUUAGUUCUUUGGCUAAGUUUACGCCCAAAGUCCCCAUGUUAUACCAUUGUGGAUAUCACCAUUCCAAAUUCUGAUAUAGAGAAUGGGGCACAGAAUGGCUCUAUUGUGUAUGUUCUUGAGAUUGAAAACUCUAACAAAGACUCCAGUAUUUUUUAUGAUACCUCAGUCUUGACGUUCUAUUAUGGGCAGGAUAAAGUUGCAGAGAAAACCAUACCACCUUUUCAUCAAGGAAGAAGCAAAACCCGUACGGUGAUGGAUGAUAUUGAUGCCAAUCCACAGGUGUGGAGAGCUGUUCGCAAUUCAAUAUCGAAUGCAACUGCAGAGUUGAAGGUGACUUUGCUAACUAAGAUUAGAUACAAAACAUGGGGAAUCAAGAGUAAACGUCACGGGCAAGACUUGCAAGGUGCGUUACCAAUAGGUAAAGACGGCAAGCUUUCUGGUAAGAAGAAGAAAAUCAAGCUAAGCCAUGCUUCCAAGAAACUGAGGAGGAAUAGUCUUAGAUUUUGAUGUUAUAUUGUAAACUAAUUUACAAUAUGGUGUUUUAUGCUUGUGAUUUUUAUACUGAUAAUACCUUCUAUUACUUU